GUAAUAGCUGGAAGCAUUCGCUCGCGGGUUCCAGAGUUCUGGUAUAAGAAUGGAUAGUGACUCGCAUCAAGUAUCAUCGAGUGCGUCAACGACAAGAGCUGAAAAAUUGGAAUGGAUAAAAAAGCGUCUCCAAGAAAAAUAUGGUUGUCCUGACAAUUCAGAACCCUGUUUUCCUGAAAACCCCACUAGACCCUCAAACUCGGAGGCCAACGUUGAAAUUGAAGAGUCGGACUACAGACUUGGAAAUAAGCUAUGGUGUACUUGUAACAAUUGUGAACCAAUGCCAACGCCAGUCGAAUCAAUAUGCUGCCAAGAAGUCUCAAAUAUUGAACCUUAUUUAGAAGAAAUGGGAUGUAUAAUCGAACAUGACUACUUUCAUCAAUUCUGUCAAGAUCGAGGAAAAGUGGAGGUGUCGAUGAGGUCAAUAGGUCAAGUGUUGCAUCCACCCCCGGACAAAGAUUUGAACAGGCUACUCAGAAAAACAGCUUAUCGUGGGUUCACAGCUUGGAUACAUGGCUAUCUUGGCGUGGCCAAAAGAAGACCAAUUCCUUCUUGUGCUGUUUCCGUCAUAAGAAAAGUUUUCCCUGACCCAGAGCAGGAUUAUUGUGGGUUUCUGAUGUUUAGAGAAGAGCCAGCGGAGUAUCUUGCCAUGGAGUAGAUAAAGGGCAUCUGUCAUCAUAAUUGAACCUAUUACAGUGGCUGACCUGUUACGUGUGCACUUGUUCAAUGAAUCCAUAUAUACUCGUUCCUUGAUUUUUUUUAUUUGUCCAAAAUUCACCAACGAAUUAUGUUGUACUACACGCAAAUGAGACUAUAUUUGCAACAUUUGGGUCGUCGUUAGACCUCUGCUCUCAUCAUGGAUGCGGAACGGGACACCUUGGAAGCACUACCUUACUGGUUCAGGCGGGUUUCGUCCUAUACUUACGGUCGGAUCGUGGACCCAUUAAAGUAAAUCGAUCCGCUGCAUGGCAAUGGGGCACACACGUUCUUGUAAACUAGGACUAACAGCGACGACCAUGUUUCUUAUAGAGAUUUUUUUCUG